AGGAUCACCUGAGUUGGCAACAGUGAUACCACCUGGAAUGAGCGUAAGAAAUUUGUUAUGGAGGUGACAAGGGAAGAACCCUCCGAACUGUCUUCUAAGAGUCAGGAGAAUGUGGAAGAAGACCCUGUAGCUUUAAGACAUGAAUUACUACUACGUGAAAUCGAGGCAAUUGAUGAAUAUUGGGGCCCAACGCUCAGGACAAUUUAUGAUGGUGACGAGCAUGGGAAGUUCAUGGAAAGGCUGGACACCAGGAUCCGGAAUCAUGAUCGAGACAUUGAACGCAUGUGUAACCACCACUACCAAGGCUUCAUUGAUUCCAUUAGGGAGCUGCUGCAGGUCCGCUCACAGGCACACAAGCUCAAGACAGAAGUUGUGAGAAUAGAUGAGGAGGCACAGGAAUCAGCUAAGCAACUACUUGCCAAAAGUGAAGAGAUGAUAAAGACAAGAAAAGUUCAGUCUAACAUCUCUGCAGCAGUGGAUGCACUCACCCUGUGUCUACCAGUUCUCACCACCUAUUCUAAGCUUCAGAGUCAGAUGAAGGACAAGAGAUAUUACCCUGCAUUAAAAACACUGGAACAGUUAGAACACACAUACUUGCCUCGUGUUGCCAGUUAUCGCUUUGCUCAGCAAAUGCGAGACAAUAUCCCAAGAGUACGAGAAGACAUCAAGCAAGCAUCCAUGUCUGAUAUAAAGGAUUUCCUUGAAGCUAUCAGAUGGGUAUCAACACGAAUUGGGCAGGUGGCCAUGAAACGUGCUGCCCUUCAGUACAAUAUGGACCCAAAGUUGGCUGUGACCAGGAAUGAAAGACAUGCAACAUUACCUCCAAACCCAUUUACAGGAGAGACUUAUGAGGCUCAGGCUGAGGCCCAGAGUGAUGAGGAAGAAGAAUUGUGUGCUCAAGACCUGAUUGAUUUUACACCUGUGUACAGGUGUCUCCACAUCUAUACAGUGCUUGGUGCAAGAGACCAGUUUGAGACAUACUACCGGGAGCAAAGAAGAGAGCAAGCCAGAUUAGCUCUUCAGCCACCAACAAAUAUGCAUGAAAACUUGGAAGGCUAUCGUCAGUACCUGUAUGGAGUAUUGGGCUUCUUUGUGAUAGAAGAUCAUGUGCUCAACAUUGGCAAUGGUCUUGUUACCAGAUCAUAUUUGGGUGAAGUUUGGGAAAUGGCAUCAGGCAAGGUUGUUAACAACAUUCGUAAUCAUUCAUCAUACUGCACUGACACCUACCUUAUGUUGAACAUCAAGAACCUCAUCAUGCUAUUUGCACAUACACUUCAGAACUACGGCUAUACAGUGACCCCAUUGCAUGAGCUACUGCUGGAGGUGAAGGAUCACUAUAAUGAAGUACUAAUGCAGAAGUGGGUCCAGGUAUUCAGGGAUAUAUUUGAGAAGGAUAACUACCACCCAGUUCAAGUUGAGACACCUGAGGAGUUCAGCCGCAUUACAGAAAUAUUCCCAUACCGUGACCGCAACCUUGAACAGGCACAGUUUCCCAAACGCUUCCCAUUCUCUAUGAUGGUUCCAAAAGUGUUUCAGGAGGUGAAGGUGUACAUUUCUGCUUGCCUUGAGUUUUCAGAGGACUUAAAUCUCAGUCAAACUGAAAAGGAGGAUAUGGUUCGAAAGUCCACCAACCUCCUGUUGACUCGAACAUUAAGUGGGUGUCUGGCAACAUUGAUCAAGCGACCUGGACUGCGGCUGCUUCAGCUCAUUCAGAUCACUAUCAACACACUACAUUUGGAGCAUGCUAAUGUCCUAUUGGAACACUAUGUAGCCAAGCUGACUGGAAGCAUUGAGGACAGCAGUAAGCCUGGCCUGGGAAGACUGCAGGGGAAGGCCAUGUUCAAGGAUAUAAGAGGUGAAGCUGAAGAACAAAUCUAUAUUGCUUUGAGACUGAAGAUUGAUGAAUUUUUGGACUUAGCAUCGUACGACUGGAUGUUGGCAGAGCCCAGAGGAAUGUCAUCAUCAUAUGUUUUAGAUCUUAUAGCCUUCCUCACCUCUACAUUUACUGCCUUCACCAACUUACCAGUUAGAGUGGCCCAGACUGCCUGUAUGUCUGCCUGCCAAUAUGUUGCCAAAUGCCUUAUGGCAAUGUUACUCAGUGAAGAUGUCAAGCAGAUGUCUCUUGCAGCUCUAGAACAAGUUAACCUUGAUGUCAUUCAGUGUGAACAAUUUGCUGCCACUGAACCAGUUGAAGGGUUUGAAGAGGGUGCACUCCUCAUGUGCUUUGCUGAUCUACGGCAGUUGUUAGACCUCUUCAUGACUGAAGAUUGGUCAACAUAUUUCCAUGAUUAUGGAUCAGAAAAUUCAAAAUACCUCCGAGUCAGUCCUCAUAAUGCCAUAAUUGUUGUAGAAAAGUUGAGGGAAGGUGAGAAGCGAGGAAUGUUCUCCAUACUUAAGAGGAGUGAUAAGAAGAAGCUCUUGGAAACUGUCCUGAAGCAGCUGAAACAACUGACCCAACAUCAACAUGCUUCUUGAGUGAACUUGAGUAGGCAUCCUUGCAUAUAUGUUUCUGUUAGAUAGUUUUGCUUACAUAAUGAAUUUCUUGGAUUUCAAAAUAGCAGCAUCCUGGGAAUAGGGGAGAAUUACAUGGAUUACCUUCAUUUGUUGCAUCAGUCAUAUUUAUUUUUCUAAAUUGUGUGUCAGUUUCCCUUGACACAAAUAUUAUGUAAAAGAGUAAAUGUACAUGCAUUUAUAUUUUUUAGUUUUUAAACACAUGACAGCUGGUUUUUACUUACCAUCAUAUGGGGACGUUAUCACAAUAACUGUAUCGGGUUAUCGGUUAUCCAAUAAUUAUUUUUUCCAUGUUAUCGAUUCAUCGGUAUCACUGAUACUUUUGGUUCCAAACUAGCGAUAAUCGAUAAUUUUAGUUUUUGGAACAGGAGCAUGUUGAAGUUUUAAACUUUCAAAAUCAAAUGUAGUUAUUUUACUUAAAACAGUACUUUUCGUGAGUGAAGCGACAGGAUAAACAUUGAAUAUAAGGUUUUUCUAAGAUUUUUCAAAGUUUCUAAGAUAAAGAUAAUAAUAAAGAUUUGGAUUUAUUGACUUAUUUAAAUAUCAAAAUUGUUAUCACUAGUAUUGAAAUCAUGGAUUUAUCAAUUUAUCAGUUAUCGGUUAUCGGGCAAUAAAUUGAUCACUGGUUAUUGAUUAUUAGUUAUCACCGAUAAGGUUAUAGUUAUUGAUAUAUUGGUUAUUGGGAUGAUUUUUUUGUUACUGCGCCCAGCUAUGCUCACUAUUGCAGGAGAAUGUGUCCAUCAUACCCUUUCACUGAUUUAACACAUACCCUCUCUGGUUGUUGAUUGUUGUUAUUUAUUGAUUUUUUUCACACUAUAAUUCUGUGUUAGUUUUUAUUGCUGUUAAUAUAUAAGGAACUUUUCCAUGUAUGAUCAUCAGUUUACUUCAUUGUACAUGAUACAUUAUCAUGUGAAUAUCAAUUGACAUGUAUUUUCUUUAAUAGUUUCCUUAUUACUCUAUUAAAUGGUAUUCAUGAAAGUAUCUUCAUUGAUUUGUCUUUUGUAUCUCAGUGCCACCAGAGCUAUCAGCCACAGCAUAAAAUUUCCAGCUGUAUCAUUCCAGAUUAUGUACUUCCUAAAUAUCAUGAUUCCAUCAGGUUUUUAUUUUUUAAAGUUUUAUUUAUUAAUUUAUUAAUUAAUUUAUUUAUUCAUUUAUGUUUAUAUUUUUAUUUAUUUAUUUAUUUAUUUAUUUUUAUUUUAUUUAUGUAUUUAUUUAUUUUUGUGUCGAAUCCAGUAAUACCUCGUGAUUCAGUUGUCCUGCAAUUCAAACAACUUCCAAUCUGAAUGGGGUUGACAGACAAACAAACAAGCAACACAUUUGGUCAGCCCUUUAGUGUUUCUCCUCCCCCAUCCCUUCCCCUCCUUCCCCAUCCCUCCAUUUCCCUCUAGUGUUCCUCCUCCCCUUCCCUUCCCCUCCACCCCAAUCCCUCCCAUUCCCUUCUCUGCCCCUCUCCCCCAUCCCUCCCCAUUUCCUCCCAUUCUCUCUCUCUCUCUCUCUCUCUCUCUCUCUCUCUCUCUCUCUCUCUCUCUCUCUCUCUCUCUCUCUCUCUCUCUCCACUUCUUUGCCCUUUGUACCCUCCUCCCUCAUAUGUCCCUUCCUUCCCUUUUUCCUUUCCUCUUCCUCUUUCACACACACACACACACACACACAGAGAGAGAGAGAGAGAGAGAGAGAGAGAGAGAGAGAGAGAGAGAGAGAGAGAGAGAGAGAGAGAGAGAGAGAGAAUGUGUGUGUGUGUGUGGAUUUUAAUGCAAAAUAAAAAUUCUGUACACUACAACAGCUGUUUUCAAGACUGGAGAUGCCAGGAAGUUUCAAUGACUCAUCAUUUUGAGCUUGGUGUUUAUUUACAGUGAUAUUUAGCAUAAAAUUUUAAGGUCAUUGUUGUUGUACCUGACAUACAGGACUACUUACUUUUUUAAAAUCUUUAUUAGGAUGAUUCAAAUGCUGUCUAUACACCAAAAUAUUUGGUACUUCAUGUUAUCUUUAAUGUUAUUAUCAUUCAGCUCUGUGUUUAGAGCACAACAUAAACCCAUAAAAAAAGGGGGGGAUUUUGGAACAGAAUGGAUUAUUUUUUGUUGCAUCAAUUUGAAUGGGAUAAAUUGCUUCUUAAUUCAAACAUUCCCAAUUCAAACAACCCAAAAGAACCAAUUAAGUUGGAAUCACAAGUUACCACUGUAUAAGUUAGCAUUUAAAUUUUGCCACACAUAGUAAUAUCAAUAUCCAAGUUUUGUUUAUGAGUAUGACAGUGAAAGAAAGAUGGAUAAAUAAAUGCAGCUUGGAGUUGGUAACAAAUACAGAUUGAUUUUCUGGUUGCAUCACAUUCACAUUUAACAAAAAGCAAGCUGCACACUUAUUCAGAGUGAUUAUUGAUGGAAUUUUCACUCCUCUUGAUGAUCACUUUUAGUUAAUUUAGGACAAAGUUGACAAGUUACAUGUGAGUUUUAGAGAUAUUGUUCCACACCUUUUCUAUGGUUGCUUUGAACUUUGGUAACAAACUAGUGUCUUUGUCAACUCUUUUUUUACACUCAUCUACAACCACUGUAAAACAUUAUCAGUCGUAUGACACCUGGCUAUGUCUUGCAUGAAAUAUUCAUCAUUACACCCCACAAAUAAGCCCCCAAGAAGAUGGUUCAUUAAGAGAUCACAGCAAGUAAACCUGUUCAUAGACUACCCUUUUUUAGGAAAUAGUAAAUAGUUCAUUAACUCUACAGUAAGUAAAAGCUACCUAAGCCAUCUCAUUUUGAGGGUGUUUCAUAGUUUUUAUGAUAUACCAGAGUUCAAAGUGGUCAGUCAGGCAGCCUUCUUAUACAUAUAGCUGGUGUACUGAUGACAGUAAAUGUGGUGUCAUCAGGUUAAAGGAUAUAUCUAAUCUUAUUAAGUGUCCAUCUGUUAUACUUCUGAGCAAAAGGUACACAAUCACACUUUUCUUUAGGUUUGAAUAGGGGCUUCACUGGCAUUACUGAGACUUGGUUCUAAUAGACACUAUAUAGAUAAAUUAGGGCUGUCUGAUUUGGUUCAGCUUUGAAUUACCUCCUGAUAACAUUCAGUUUUAUUUGAGCCUACAUAGAGGGCCAAGUUUCUUAAGUUUGACUGGUACUUUGUAAUCAGUAGCCUUUUAGGAGCACUUAAGGGGGUAUAUGACACCUGAAGUGGCUGAACUAUAGCAUUUUACGAAAACUGGGUCUCAAAACAUUCCUAUGCCUUCUAGAAAUAAUCCCAGAACGAUAGAUUCCUUGAUGCAAAGGGUCUAAUGUUGGGUGCUGGUUUAAAGGGCUUUAAAGGUCGUAUCUCAGAAGAGGAAGCUUGGCAAGUUGGAACCUAUUUAGUGCAGAAUAAAGGUGAAUUUUCACUGAAAUCUCACAUCACCAGCUUGGCAAGUUGGAACCUAUUUAGUGCAGAAUAAAGGUGAAUUUUCACUGAAAUAUCACAUCACCAGUACCUGCUGUCUGUGAGAGAUUGAGAGCAUCGGUGAGUGGAGAGUGCAAGUCGGUCACCUGCCAAGAUUCUGAGGGAGAGGACUUGUCAUGAGCUUUUGUAUUUUUUACUGAUUCUGACAUUUGGUACCCUGUUUAUUACAUUUUCCUUGUGUUUUUCCUUAUUAUAUUCAUAAAGGGUGACAAAAGAGAAUGGUGUUUAAAAACCUAGAAAUAUCAUCUUAGAUAGCCAAAGAAAAAGAAAACACCAUGCUGCCAUGCUGUAGAUGCUUCACUGCCACUCCAUUCUACAGUUUAAUUUAGUGUAAAAUAAAAAUCUUUUUUUGUCAGCAGCAAACUCAGUAAGUUGGAAUUGUUUCUAUAAGAUGGUAUCAGGCCUGAAUCAAGACCUCUCCUCUUGCUGGAAGUGUUCAUGUGUGUGCAUGUCUGAUUAUUUUGUAGUUACACGAGUUCACAGUGAAUGGACAACACAUCAAAUGCAUGUAUUGAUUGAAGAUAUUAUCAAGAGGUUGCUAACAAAAAAAAAAAAAAAAAAAAAAAAAGAGGCAGCAAAAAAGUUAAGUGGAAUAGAUAGCUGAAUGCUAUGCAGGUUAACUUUAUUGACAUAUACUGUGACAGCUAUUGCUGCUAGAUGCCAUUUGUAUGUUGUUUUAAGUGCUUCAGUAACCACUGAAUAGUUUCCCAUUUAACAAGUACUUUUAUUGACUUGCCAGGAAAGAUCCACCAAUACAUUGACUCAUAAAGAGGUGUGAAAUAUUUUUUUGAUCUUUGGAGUACAAUUCAAGCAUUGAAAACGUCGGAUGAACAGCUGGUGUCUAUUUUAUUGCUAAUGUAGGUUGUAUCUUUUAUCUAACCCAAGGCUAUAGACCUAUAGAAAUUGCCUUUUGCAAGCUGGGCCCCUUCAAAGCUGGUUCAAUACAUUUGGUGUGCUUCCCCUCCUCCCUGUGCUACCCACUCAAUCCUUUUUGUUUAGUUUCAGUAAAAUAAAAGGAAAAAAAAGUUGUUCACAGCACAAUUAAAUAUGAACAAAUUAUCUAAUUAUUAUUUCAAGAAAGUCUUAAGUAAGAAGAUUUAAAACAAAUAUCUUUAAGAAGCAAAGGCCAUCAGGUUAUUUGAAAAAUGUAAUUGUGAAGGUGACAAACACUGGCUUGAUGACAUCAUUGGCAUUUAUCUUAGCACGUGGGUGGCAGUCUGUUAAGCUUUGGUUAGGCAUUCAUAAGUGUAUUUCUAAAACUAAUUUGUGGUUUUAUAUUUAAAUUAGUAAAAUAUUUUAUUAUGUUUUAUUUUACAGUAUUACAAUAAAAUAGUUCAAAGAAUGCACAUGUACACACAUUGAAAUACGUUACUACUACACCAGUGAAUGCCUAUCAGCAGAUAAAACCCCCUGAAAACUGUGACAACACUCUAUGUAGGUGACUGUACAUUUUAACCAAUUUAAGUUUCUGAAUUUUGUGGUACAGUGUCUCGUUUGUUCUGGAUUCUGGUUGGGGAUGAUUUCCUUCACUUUUCUGCAUUGCAAGAUCAUACAACUUUUUUAAGGUCAUUAAGUUGUAGAUGAUUUGAAACAAAUGACAUAUGUAAAAAGUUAAGCAAUGUGAAUAACUGGUAGAAGAGUGAGCUUUGUGAAUUCCACUGAUUUUGAUCAUCUGUGCUGUCAGUGAUAAGAGUAGGUUGUUCCUUCUUUCCUCUGCCCCAUAUAGUGCAGAGAAUGGGUGUAUAACAUUUAUAAAUAUGCACCUUUUGACUCCUUAUGGUGAUCAGGAGUGGAAGGAAGCAGUAGUGCUGAAUACAGAAAGAGGCACCCCAACACAGAAAUGUAUCUACACAGUGUAGAAAAUGUGACAGAAUAUAUUAUUGUGUAGGAGAUAUGCCAUAUCUCUGUAGGAAAUUGUCACUACAUACUCUUAAAAACUGUGUUAUUGUAGAUGUGCAGUGUAGUAAAAGUAAAGGAGGAAAUAUGAUGCAAUCCUGUUAACUGUCAACUCCAACUGCAACUCCAAGAGUCCACAAACUAAUGUAUCAGAUUAUAUGCUAAAACAUUUGCAUCUCAAUUGUCCGUGGGCUGAACCACCUACAUUUUUGUUUUAAUGGCACUGAAUCCUCUUGGCUUAUGAUUGUUGUGUUGUGCAUCCUAUUAGGAUAGUAACUAAGGAUACACAUGAAUCAUUCCAUUGAAUUUGUUAAUGGCCUUUAGUAUAUUAUAGCUUGCAAACACAUUUAAACUCAUAUAUAGUAUGAGGGAAAUCAACUCAUAAUUAAAGGUUUGCCAUAUGAAUAGUUUUAAUAAAAGGGGUUCACUGCAUAUACUACUUUAAAAACCACCAUCUUAACAAGAGGGUGGGAUGGGUGUGGUGCCUGAAAGGUCUUAACCAUAGCCACAUAUUGUACUCUAUAGGCUCAAAGCUCUUACUGAGAGGAUAAAGUUGGCAAUCUUGAGUCCUGGAACAGAUUCUUAAGACACUGGUGAAUUACACACAGACACAUGCAAAUCAUAUUUUUUCCUUUAUUCUUUAAUUGUUUCUCAGAGCCUACCCUGUCUUUUAUAACCUGUUGAUUGUAUUAAGGGUAGAUUUAGGGGUUUCUGUUACUAGUACUAGAUUAAAACUUCCUUCUAUGAUUCCCAUACAGCUCAAAAAUGAAAUAUAAAUUAUUGCAAAUAAUAAUAUCAAUUACUUGCCAGAAGCAAACUACUUGGCCUUACCAUGUUUGUUUCCCAUCUUUGUGCUAGUAUGACAUUUUCCUCUUUCAACAUCAGUGAACACAUGGCUUAAAAUCUAUUAAGAUAUUGUUUUUAUAUAUUACAUGGCAUCAUCAGCCUCAUUAUGAAUUUUUCAUCAUUAUAAUGUAUGUAGAAUAACACAUUUAAAAAUAAAUUAAGUAUUGUAAUAUAAGAGAAAUGGCUCAAUUACAGCAAUAUUCCAUUGUGUGGUUAAAAUUAUUCCAUGUGCUAGCAUAGGAAAAGAUGUAGUUUUGUUGGAAGGAUUGGUGCUCAAAUAAGCUUCAUAGAUAUCUUGAAGUAUUUGAUGUUUGAACUAGGGAUGCAGUAAGAUAAUCCAGUUUAUUUGUCCAUGCAUUUGUUCAAAAUACAAUGUCAUGUUUUACCAGAUUACCUAUGUAAUGAAGUGUAGACAGCACAUCAACAACUCAUAACAUAACAACUUUCCCUUGGAGGAAAAUAAAUUCAACAAGUACUGAGGGGCAGCAUAAAUUAGUGAAAUAAUGCAUGAGGACCAUCCUAUAAGAAUAUCUGCUUUGUCUAUGAUGAAGAAAAUUUUUCAUCAAAUUUGUCAGGUCUAAAGUUGUUACUUUUUUCAUCUUUGGUGAAAAGUGCAUAAGUAGGUAAGAUGAGAGGAUUUUGUUUAAUGUGACACUCUAGCUACUUUAAUUUGUCUCAAUCAAUAUGAAAACUAUACCAACUUGAAUAUGAAGACAUGAGAAGGGUUAUUAGGGUUUCUCUCUCUCUCUCUCUCUCUCUCUCUCUCUCUCUCUCUCUCUCUCUCUCUCUCUCUCUCUCUCUCUCUCUCUCUCUCUCUCUCUCUCUCUCUCUCUCUCUGCCUGACAAAAAAAAAGUAAAUAAAGAUGAUACAUAUGUGCAUUUAAGACUUGUGUGUUCUAUGAUCUAUGAUGGAAACUAUUAUAGCUCUGUGUUUUUUAUAAAGCUUUCUUUGAAAACAGACUGCAGCAGACUCAAUUUUUGUUGUAUGUUUUCAUUCAUCUUUUUAGUAUUGUCUUUAAAGAUUAAUUUUGUAUUGAAUGUUUGAAUAAUGUUAAACUUAAAGAAUAUUGACAAGUACCAUAUUUUGUGACAAUAGCAAAACAUACCACAAUGUAUUCCCCAUUCAGGAAGGAAAAACAGGAAUUGUUUGUUUAUUCUCUCACUUUUAGUAGUGAUAGCAUGAACCUAGCUAUCUACAGAUGAAUGUCACUUUAUUAAACUCACACAUAGAGCAAAUAUGUCCUGUGAUCUUGUGUGCUUGAAAAGAUUGAUGUCUGUGAAGUUGAGUUUACCAUGAAGACAUGUACAGUAUAUACUUAAUAUUAUUGUAAGUAUGCAAUCUGUAUAAAAAUUGUAUUUGACUUGAUUGAUGAUAAAUAUGUACAAUGUACAGCUUUUUUUUUUAUAAUAAAUUGAUUUACAAAUGA